CACGGCUUCCCCUCACACCGGCUCUCUCCCUUCAGUGAGCGGCAUACCCUGUGCGUGCGCGUGUGCCUACGGGAGGGAGGGAGCCAGGCGCAGGCGCACCGUCCGCCCGUCUGCAGCCCGGGCGCUCUCAGUGCAGAUCACGGGGAGUUGAUGGCAGCAGCGCGGUGCAGCCACCCGGCGGAGAGCGGAGCGUGGCGGAGCCCUGAGCCCAAAAUGUGCGGGGAGGAAGACAGCAGCUGCAGCAGCUCCGGGAGCCCGAGGGACGGGACCGGGCACCCGCUGGUUACCCAGCUCUCCUGACCUGCAUACCUCCUCCCUACACAUCGCUCCCCCAAAGAAUGUCAGCCAAGUCCAAGGGGACCCCCGCCUCCUCCUCGCCACCCGAGGGGCCGCCCGCAGCCUCCAAAGCCAAGGUGAAGGAACAGAUCAAGAUCAUCGUGGAGGAUUUGGAAUUAGUCCUGGGGGACCUGAAAGACGUGGCCAAGGAACUCAAGGAGGUGGUUGAUCAGAUUGACACAUUGACAUCUGACCUGCAGCUGGAGGAUGAGAUGACAGACAGUUCCAAAACUGACACGCUGAACAGCAGCUCAAGCAGCACAACAGCGUCCAGCUUGGAGAAAGCCAAAGUGCGUGCCAAUGCACCUCUCAUCAAACCCCCAGCACACCCAUCUGCCAUUCUCACCGUACUGAGGAAACCCAAUCCACCACCACCUCCACCACGGUUGACUCCUGUGAAGUGUGAAGACCCUCACAGGCCAGUUCCUUCUGCCAACCCUGUAAAGACUAAUGGGACCCUACUUCGAAAUGGAGGUUUACCAGGAGGACCAAACAAGAUUCCUAAUGGGGAUGUAUUUUGCAUACCUAAUAGUAACUUGGACAAAGUUCCAAUGCAUCCUCUGAUUCAUAGACCUGAUAAAGACAGGUGUCCUCAGACAGGAACACGGGAACGAGUACGAUUUAGUGAGAAAGUGCAGUACCAUGGCUAUUGCCCUGACUGUGACGUUCGGUAUAACAUUAAAAACAGGGAGGUCCACUUACACAGUGAGCCGGCCCACCCGCUGGGAAAGCUUCCUCACCAAUGUCCUCCUUUACCGCCGCCGCCGCCUCCUCUCCCUCCAUUGCCUCUAGAAAAUGGAGGCUUGGGAAUAAGUCCCAGUAAUAGCUUUCCCCCUCUCAGACCUGCGACUGUGCCUCCACAAACUGCACCAAAACCCCAGAAGACCAUCUUGAGAAAGUCAACCACUACAACAGUGUGAUGUAUGCCACUUGAAAAACUGUUUGUUUUUUCCUAUAUAUAAACAUAAACAAAUAGGUAAUGAGCACUUUCUACUCAAGCAAUAAAAAGCCCAAAUAUAUUACAUCCUGUGUUCAGCGAAGUGGCAUAAAAAUCAUAUGGUACUUUUAUGCAGAUAUGCAUCUCUAAAGUUUACUGCUUUACCCUAUAUCAGGAUAUUGACAGAUCAAUGCUGGGGAUAAAACCUGGCUCAAAAACUGCAGGAGAGUAACAGUGUUUUAGCAUCUAGUCUCUGGAAUGGAAGGAUGCAAAAAUUGGAGAGCUCCUUCAGGCUGGAAGGGAUAUCUACAUUUGGAGGCAUAUCAGUUAUUUCUUUGAUGUCGGAUUCGUCAUUGUGACUUCUUGCAGGCCAGAUCUGAUGAAAGUAACGAGGAACCUGACCCUCCUUGGAGCAUGGAAGCCCUUAGAGUCAGAGCACAACUAAUCACUGGUGUAAUCUGCAUGAAAUCAUCUGCCUCAGAUCUGACAGCUACGAGCUGAGCCCUGACAAAAGCCACAGCCUUAAAUUCUGUUCACUCAGAAAGAAGAAUAAAGAGGACUAAAUACCUUGCCCCAUGACAGAAACAACUGUCUCCAAGCCUGACACUUGAGAAGUUCAGUACUGAGCAAUUAGAGUAACAAACAAUAAAUCAAUUUUUCAUGCGGUCCAGCCAGCAUCCAAAAAUAUUUAAAUAUGUAGCCAAAAGGAAACAUGAAGCACUUAAGUGAUUGCAGGAAAAGCAAUGCAUGUACUACAACAGAGGAAUAUUGCUUUUUGUGGGGAAAGAAGACCUCUGCCAUCCCUUGUACAUAUUCAAAGCCAUAGAAGAACGGAGCACCAGUGAUGCUAAAAUGUUUGAAAGAAUGUUGUCUCCUGUUCUCCACCCAAAUCUGAAGGAAAAAAAUUAGCUGUUACAGAUUGCAUCUCAAUGCACUUCUAAUAUUUGCACUGUCACUUCCAUUCAGGGUAAUGAUGUGUGCCAUCAUUUGCACAGAUGGCCCCAUGAGAUUUUAGACCGCAACAAGCUGUAUCUUGCAGGGGCUCCAAAAGGAAUUAAAAAGUAAAAAGCUGAAGAAAAGGAAUGCUCUCUUACAGUGAGAAUUUCUCCCCACAGGAAAAUAGUCCUUCUUAAGAUUAAAAAAACAUGUAUAUGAGAAAAGCAUCAACGUGAUAAAGUGGAUUUAAAAAGGGAUCUAAAAUUUUUUUUAAUGAAAUUCAUUUUAUAUCAUAGUAACAGCCAAGAGAUUGAACCUAUUGAACUAUACACCCAGAAUGUUCCUGUUGGACAUUGACAGUAUCCUCCUAGAAAAUAUUAAAGAAAAAAGUCAUUUGUAAUAUGUAUUUGACAUAUAAUAAUUUUUAUAGCCAUUUAUCUAUGCUUCAUGAAGAAAUGUAAAAGACAAACAGCAUUUUCAGUUUAUUUUUCUAAAUAAAUGUGUUGUUUGUAUUAUUUGCAGUCACUUAUUUUAGAUGGUUUUCAUUACCCCAAAAAAGGAUUUAAAGAUGGAACCAAAACAUAGCAACUGUUUUGCCAUGUUAAAUCGUAACGAUUUGCAGACUGAAAGCUUUAAUAUAAAUAUUAUAAUUUGUAAAAUUAUAAAGUAUAUUUAUACUGGCAAAUAUGUAUGGAAAACAAGAAAGGAGGUAUUUUAACUCUUAGUUUCAGUACAUAGGUUAUUUUGAUAGUCACAUGAACGAAUGUGAAAUUAUAUAAUUGGUACAGGUUUUUUUUCUGUAAUAAUAUGUUGUAGCAAAUGAAGAUUCAGCUGCCUAGGAAUUCAGAGAAUAAUUCUAAUGUUCAUGAUUUUCCAAAAUUACACACACUCCCCUUGUCAAGUGAUUCACUUCAUCCAGGAACCACUUUUUUCAUACUGUAACAUACUCACAAGGCCAUUAAAGAUGCCGCUAUUUGGUCAAGAGGAAUUUGGAAACCUAAGGGGUAAGAGAGAUUGAUCAUUACAAUCAUUCACAGAUUUUCAUUUAGGAACAGUCAUUGUAUCUGUCUAAUGGAGUAUUUUGUUAUCAAGUCAUUGAACACGUUGAUUCUAGAGCUGUUUUGAAUAAAAAUAUAUAUUUUCCUUU